CAGAAAAAGAAAAACAAAAAUAAAACUUUUGUUACUUUGUACUUUUUUGAUUGUUUAUUUUUGUGCCGAUUAUGAUUAAAAAAAUAUGAAUAAUUUCAAUUUUGAUUUGGACAAUACAGUAGAUGAAGAUUUCUUUGGCUCCUUAAAGGGAAGCAAAUCUUCAAAACUGCAACAGCUAUUCGGUGGAGAUGCCUUAUCUUCCGAUGAUAAGCAACAAUCUUUAAAAUAUAAACGUCCCAAAGCUAAUGAUUUAACAAACAAAGAAGUUAAUGAUGUAGCUUCAAAAUCAAAUGCCACCAGUAUUACAUUAAUGGCCAAAGUGGUUACGGCCUAUAGACAAGGUGAAAUGCAGGGUAAAGUGGGCCUGGCUUUAAUACAAAAUCCCGAUAAUAGCUACAAUAUAAUAAUGUAUAAGACUAAAGUUUAUAUAUUGGCCACUUUGAAAUUGCAAACUGGACAGGAUUUGCUUUAUAAACAAACAAAAUAUUGGCAAUUUUAUGAUGAAGAGUCGAUAUAUUGGAGUUUUAGCUUUGAUACGGUAACCGACGAAGAAGAAUUUGUAGAUAAACUUAAUGAUAAAAAUAUAACCUAUAAAGAGAGCCAGGAAAAGGCAAAUGUAACAGACAAUAUUUUAGAAUUACCAAAAUUAAAUACUGAAACUGAAGAUAUUGUUAUUGAAGAAGAUUUUACUAAACAAAUUCCGGCUGUAGCAACAAAAGAAUCAAAAAAUUCUUUAAUAAAACGUAUGGCCAAAAUGGGUAGACCUUUGCCUACUCUAUCAUCCUCUAACCAGCAAACCACUACGGAUUUUAGUGAUUCUUCAGAUACAGAAGUUAUUAAAACACCUUUGGCCUCCUUACAAAAGCCCAGCAUAACACCUAGAAGUAAUAAAGUUGCCAACAUUAAAACAAAUCACCAGUUGGUAACCUCAAUGGCGGCUUAUAACACAGCAGCCACUACUUCUACAGCAGUUUAUCCGGUAAAUCCUAUGGAAUCCCAGUAUAUGCAAAUGCUACUAACGGAGCAAAGAACCCAGGGCUCGGAAUUACGCAUGAAUAUGAAUAAAUUGGAAAAUAAAAUAGAAAAAGUUUUAGAUAAACUAGAACUUUAUGACAGACCAGAAGGCAAACAAAGACCAGAAAAGGAUGAUGAAAUAUUGGAGUUGGAAGAAAAACUAUUAAUGCUCAAAAAGGAAAACAGAAAGUUAAAACAAACUAUACAAGAAAGAUCUUGUAAGGAAUCGGAAGAAAAUAAAAUACAAGAUAUAGUUUAUGAGUUUAAGGAAGAUUUAAAGCAUUUUAAUAUAGACUAUAAACAGGAUUUGAAAUAUAUACUAAAAGAUCUACAGGAUAAACUUAGAGAAAAUCAGAAAAUAACACAAGAAACACAAAAGCAAUUGGAAGCCAAUGAAAUAAAACUUAGAGAAGAGCAAAAGGAAUUGGUUUUAAAGACCAGCCAUAAUAUUGAAAUACAAAACGAAAUUAGCUUAUUAAAAGAGCAACAAAAUGAUUUUAAAUUUAAACUAAAUGAAAAGGACACAGAAGUUGUAAAACUGAAACAAGAAUUACUAGAUUUACAAAGUAAAUUGCAGGAGAAAUGUGUAGAAAGUAUAAAAACUCCUGACGAUGCAGUAAUAAAAUCAAUCAUGAAUAAUUUAUAUGUGGAUAUAGCCGAUAAAUUAGAUAAUUCCAAUUUACCACAAACCGAACAAGUUUUAGCAUUGAUAGCUGCUUCCAUUAGGCAACAAACUUUAAAAUCAUUGCAAAAAAGUAAGCCUUAAGUAUACAAAAUGAAAGUAUAAAUAUUUGUGCGUUUCGAGGCAAAAGAAUUAAGGGGAUUUGAACAAAAGUAUUUCAUUAUUAUAUUACUAUUUUUUACAACACAUGUGUAAAUUAGUUUAUAUACUAAAAAAGUUUAUCUUAAAAAUGUAACUUUAUAUUUCAAGCAAAUAAAUAAAUUGCUAUUAAAUUGAA